AUGGACAAAAAAUGCCGUGACUUUUUCAACCAGGACUAUUGCUUUGUUGAGUGCUCCCCUUAUCUUGGGCCAUGGCUAGUGCACGUGCGUUUAUUUUAAAAACUUUGCACGCAUUUUCCACUUAGGCAUAUAAGAUAGAACAGUCCGCCUCAGCCAAAAUAAUGAAUGUGGGCUAACUUAAAUGGGCGGAAAGUAAAGAAGUGCCUUUUCUGAAACUUUUAUUAAAGUGUGGAAAAGCAAAUUUAUAGUAAAUCGUCCAAAUAUAGUAUUUUGUUUAGUUUACGACUUACUAUUACGAUUAAUGGAAAUAUCACAUCGCAUUAUCCAAACGCGAAAUUUCAAUAAAACUAAAUCUAUGUCUUAAGGAAAAUAACAUCCUGAUAGUUCGAAAGUUACCUGUGCUUUAGACGUAGUACGAAAAUAAAGUUAUAUAUGUAUAAAACGUUUUGUUUUACUUUCUUUGCGUCUCGAUUGCCAAAUUUUGGCCAUAGAAGAAUAAUCCACUAAAGCAAAGACACUUUAUUUCCAAAUAAGCAUAUGAAAAUUUUACAUAUAUUAAUUAUGUGCUUCGGUAAAUCCUACGCAUUUCAAGUAAUUGCAUUUAUCUUUGCUCACUUAUGAAGUUCAUACGCUUUAAGACAUUUCGAUUCUCUGAAAAAUUACCAUUCUCAAACUUUUGCUGAGAAAAGCCAUCCGGGUCAUCCAUAAAUGCCGGAGUAAGUCUGGGAUGAUUGCUAGUCUUUGUAAGCGGUGCUAAGAUGCGCACACUUACUUAAAGAUGCAUUCCCUAGACAAAUGCUAUAAGUAGUCAAAAUUAUUUUAAAACCGGAGUAGUUAGCACGUUUAAGCCUGUGUUUUCAAAGUUGACAGCUUUGUCAUUCCUCUCUUAAAUCAUGAUUUGCAUUUAAAAACAUGACAUUGACUUAAAAUAUGCGAUACUUCGGUUGCUCAGGAGAAUUUUCCAUGGGAAUAAUUACAUUAAAAUGAAUUAAAUAAUUUAGACUUUUCUUGCGGUUGUACAAGCGUUAAGAAUUAAUUCGAAAAUAUUUCUGCUGCUUGAGUGAACGCACAUGGGUUUUCGUUAGCAGGCUGGGUUUUGUUUUAUACUGCCUUUAUUGAAAACAUACACGCGCUAACUAUUACAUCAAAUAUAUUUUCAUAACAUGCUACGCCUUGAGCUGGAGUGAACGUCCACACCGCAUGUAGACCCCUCGAUACCUCUUCAGUAGCCAGCUUCGUGUGGCGUUGCCGCGUAGCUCGACGUGGCUGCACCAGCCCCACUUAUGCUUUUUAAUCGACUUACUAUUUGGAUCUCAUCGACCUAGACCUGCUUGAAAAGUGUUAACCAGACGCUUAGCAGCUUUGAUGGGGAAUCAUUUUGUAAUUAAAAAAAGACAUGCAUCACUUAGUGUUGGCUAGCAAGCACAGUGUCUGCUGAGAAAUGCAGAGGUUUGCAUUACCAUUAUCAUCAAUAACUUCUGCCAACACCAUGUCUCUCCGUUUUCUGCAUUCAGCGGUGGCAUUGUGGUGGUUGCUAAUCCAAUUCACAUGGUGGCUUGUCAACUAUAUAGAGAACGUUGCGACAUUUGUAUGCCACCUUCUGCUACACAAUUUGACUGUAAUCUUGUGUUUUGUCCCCAGUCUGAACGCUCUCUCGGCCUAGAGCGUGUGUAUAAAGUACCUUUAUGUCAGACAGACUGCGACGCCUGGUAUGAUGCCUGCAAAACAUCAAUGACCUGUGCAGAAAACUGGCAGAGUGGUGGAUUUAACUGGACCACAGGUAAGUAGCUCCUUUGUUUUACCUACUACUAAUCUAAAUAUUUCUUAGCUCUGAAACGAGUGAGAUGUAUUAGGAGUUUCUGGCUCAGCAUUUAGAUUGAAAGAAGUUUUUCGAUGGCUGUUUUAACAGGCCACAACUUAUUUAGUCAUAAAACAUCUAAGGAGUAAAAACGUGACUGAAUUGUAGUUUUUGCAGAGUUGUUUCCAACUCAGCGGCAGACUUCCGUGCCAGUGUGAUGUCACUACAGUUGAUGAUACUGACCCUUGUACUUCCAUUAGGCGAAUAACAAGAUUAUUCAACAUGCUUUAUUUGAAUGAGCCUCCCACGCAACUAUAGCCGACAAAAUCCUAAACAAGGGAACCAAACUUAUUGCAUUAAGUGACUAUUUCUGCUACGCACUGGAAUGUAGGUAGAAGAAUCUAACUGCUCCCAAUAUCUCUACCAGUCACCGCAAAAUAAUAUGUCAGAAGACUCUUCCAACGAUUUGCGUUCGAUAAUUGUUGAUACAAGAAUGCGAAGUAGGGUAAUUUAAGGAAAUUAGGUAGGGAAAGAAUUGUACCAAGAGAUUCUAUCUCCGCCCAAAGUUUAUCGACCUGAACAUGUACAUGGCAAACCCAAUCACCACUGCACUUCCUUUAUCACUCAUGCCGAGCUCUUUUACUUUCUCUAUACAAUUUUUUUCUAUUUGGACAACAAAAUAAACCUGAGCAGAAGGAUAUGGCAUGCAGGGUUACGCUGAAUUAGACCAAUACCCUCAAGGACGUCAAGAGAAAUCCUUCUCGAAGAGGCAUGAUAACGUAGCCGGACAGUUUCUUAGAGUCCUACCAUCAGUGAUCUGUUUUUCUGCCAUAUAAUGCUUGGUCGGCACAGACGCCUCCCCUAUGAUUUUCAUUUAUCUAUGGAAACUACUUCAAUAUUGAAAUUUCGGGAAGAGUUCUCAGUAUGCCAUGCAAAUGUGUUGUGGAAUUUUCGCUGAAUAAUUCCCAAACGAACUGCGGCAGUUAAUUUCAGAAUAAAAUAAGCAUCUGUGUAGUGUAUACUUUUCCGCUGCUUUUAUGGUUUGUAUCAAGCAAUGUGUCUGGCGAAUAAAAAUUUAAGAAGCUCCUAUUUACCUAAGGGUGAUGAAAAAUUUAAGGAUUGAAAGUCCUUGUCUUAAGGGCUCUCAAGAAAUUCCACUAGUCAAAUAAUUUUCAAGAUGCACUGUACGGUUUUGCAUGUGUCGAUGGUGUCAAUAUGAAUGCAGAGCAUGUUUACAAACACUUUGAUUUGGCGACGGGUUAUUAAUAAGCCGUGACCUGCGAACGACAUAUAUGGUAUUCAUCGGGACUCAAGAACAAUGCGGAAACUUUUCAAUGCCCUUUUGAUGGAAAGCAUUACUUAGGUUAAGCGGAAGACUGAUUAGGAUGCAAUACAAUCUUGAUGACCCUUUUUGGUAGGCUAUUUACGGAUUCCAAAGAGGACGCCUUGCUAUCAUUAAUUCAGUCAGGUCAAGUUUUUCAUGCUUUUAUGCGACCUUAUAGCAUACAGUUACUUUUUAAAGAUAGUUGUUCUUCCGAUAAGAAUUUUGACUUCCUUUUACCUCACUUCACACCAUUUGAGUAAACAGUGUAACCCCGUGUAGGACAUGUAUUCGUACUUGGCCGAACGUUUGCCGUAAAUAGAUCGCCAAAUUUCUUUCAGAGGGAACUUCGUCUUAUCUUGCAUCCAUAGAUCCUGUAUUCUCUCAUGGCGAUUUUCUUCUUAGUUCAAGAAUGAUCAUUUAAAAAAUUUGUUUGUCUACUGUUUUUUCGAAGAAUAUUUGCGUUUCAUGGGAAGCGACUAGCAUAAUAAGCUACUUUAAUUAGGACAGGAAAAUUUGUUUGGUUAAUAAGCCACAGCUGAAGUUUGGUUUAUGCGUUCCGUACGCUUUGAGUGAGCACAAAACAAUUCAACAUGCAAAUGUUUGUUUGUAAUUGUUGGCCUGACAUCGCCUUGCCCGUCAGCAAAGUAAACCAGCUCAAGUCAGUCAGUUAGCAAGUCAGUGUAUUUAAAAGAAAUAGGCUUACACCUUGAAAUAUCCUAUUUGCAUAUAAAAGUCAAGAAAAUAAACAAAAUGAGAAGAAGUUACAGCAUUAAGUGGUGUAGACAUCGAUUCACAUAGGUCACCGGUCUUGUGGUUACAAAGUCAUAUAGUCUGCUUGUUGCUGUAACAUGUGUCUGUCAAACCGACAUUUAAAUAUCUCCACAGAUUGAGGAAAAACAAUCGUCUCGGUCAGGUCAUUUCACGGUUCCACGACACGGUUGGAGAAAAAAUACUUUCUCACGUUCAGUUUACCUUAGGGCACUCGUAGUUUUAAAGGGUAUCCUCGGGGGUUAUUUGUAAUGACGAGUAGGAAAAAGUCGUAACAACGGAUGGUGCAGUCCAAGCCACGCACUAUACUGAAAGUUUGUAUUAAGUCUUUACUCAACUGCCUAUAACUCAGAGGAUAGAGAUUAAGGUUAGUUAGUCGGAUCUCGUGUGGCAGUGCACACUGACCUCUUACUAAUUUUGUGGCUCGUUCUGCACCCUUUCGAGUGAACUGAAAUUCUGCUGCGUCCAAGUUCUUCAUGCCUGGAUCGCAUAUUCAAGAUGCGGACUUGCAAGCUUGCCGAAGACUUUGGAGAAGUAUUCUUCAUCGGAAACUGUGAAUGUCCGCUUGAUGGCGUAUAGCAUUGAUGUUGCGGCCUUAGCCGCUUUACAAAAUUGUGUAGAAGGCUUUAGGCUGUCUGCAACCGAGCCUCCGAGAUCUUUCUGCGUUUCUGCCUCUCGGAGUAGCAUUCCGUUUAGAUGGUAUUUCCGCAUACUACGGAUCUGAUUUACGAGGCGCAGCAUGGUGCAUUUGUUCAAAUGGAAGGACAGGGACCAUCUGCGGGAGCAUUUGCCCAAUCGACGAAGCUUUCCUUGGAAGUUGGCCUCGUCAGCAGCACUGUGAAUGACUACCUACAAACGCGCUCAAUCUUUGGGAUGCCAAGGCAGAGUAUGGAGCCGAAUUUUGACAAGCAUAGGCUCCUGGCGAGAAUUGAAGCGACAAUUAGCUCCGCCUAUAUAGUGGAGCACUGCUGACGGGAGGUCUUGUUACCGUGGACGCUAGACUGCCGAUGCCGAUGGAAUAUGACACUACUGUGGUUUUAUCUAACAAGCGGGACCACUGCUCCAUUGAAUGAGGCAUGCUAGUCAAACAAGACUGGUUUAGUCUGAGGCAUAAUAAGCUACUUUAUUUAAGACAGGAGCAUUUGGUUGGCUGAUAAGGCACAGCUGAACAAAAUUAGGAAAACAAAAAGAGGCCAACACUUCCAGCCACGAUUAGAUUACUCACAGAAUCUGUGAGGCACGUUUAAUGUUUAGGAGUGUGUUAGAUUAUAAAACAAAGAGGUAAGACAUUCGAAUGACCACUGAACAAAAUUAUAACAGCGGAAGCUAAAAGCGUACUGACCACUGGCAAGUGUCAUGAGACAAUUGAUCUUCUUAACUUUGUUUGCAUCUGGCCAACUCUUCCGCAAAAUGCUGGAGAACUAUUGAACCCCAUUCAACAGUUCGGUUAAACAUGACACAACUGAGCUCGUACUGGACGCGAGUUGUAAAACUCAGUCACAGGUGGAUGAGUAAGCAUCUAAAUAUGUCAUUACCAGCAAUAACCCAAAACAUGCCUAUGAUUUGUGAGCGCAUUCUGAUUAAGGAGAUUACUGAAGUCGACUAGUAGUCUAUCCGUGAUGAGGAACAAUGUUAAAUCAAGUCACAACCUUUCUAACUCCAUUUAAUUUUUUUACAAAGGAGGAUUGCGUGUGGGACUUUUAGUUUGCUGAUGAAAGGGUCAAACAGAAACGUUGGGCUAACAGAUCUCUGUGUAUCUGCAUUCGAUAAAUUCAAGCUAAACAGAGACAGAAGCCUGAAAUCGACAUCUUUAAUACAAUUUAUGUCAUACGGCCGCCAUUUACCAUGUUAACCUUAUGUCUGAAUCUGGUUUCAGAAUAAAUAUAAUAGAUUAUUAGAUGACUCACAGAGUCAUUAUCAAUCGGCCGCAAAGGGGCUGAUUCAAGAAGCCUAGAUGCUUGCUAUAUUCCACAGUUUAUUACGGUUUUCUGGAAUCUUUCAGUCAGUUGCCCUGUGGCAUCGUACAGAGGUGUCAGCUGGAGUAUUGCGAAAGGAUCUAAAUUUUCUGUAUUGCUUAACGACUUGUUAGGCAAUUACAGUAGAUGUGCUAACUCAUGAAAUGUCAACCAAACUUUCGAAAUGCGUUCUCGUUUCGAAAAGAUAAAUUAAAUAGUGUUGUAAAACAAAUCAUGAUGCAGCAUAAAUCUAUAAUGACCCAGUUACCUCAUUGUAUCGGCUUUCGAAAAACCUUAUUUUCGGCUGCAUGCGAAAUCUAUACUCUGCAAAAAAUGACUGCUUAAGGGGCAUGCAAUCUUCUCAUUGAUUUUCGAUGCCCUUGAAAAUUCAAUUAUAUUUCAUGGAAAACAUGCAUAAAAAUAUCCAUUCUUUUACUUAUUCGGUAGAAAAUCACGUCUUCUUCCAAUUUCACACUCAAAAGAAGAGUAUAAUUCGGUUUUAAAAAAGUUUUUAAUUGUGAGAUUUUCAAUACCGUUAAAUGGCCGUUCAUGAAACGUCAUGUAUCUGCAUUUAAGAAUGUGGCUUGUAAAGUUGACAAUAUUGCUCAAAUCCACUGCUUAAUUUUAUGAACCUCAUAUGGUCUCCUCUUAACACCGUAGAGAAAUGCAUGGUUUUCCGUACACGGAAAAUAUACAGCUUGUAGUUUUGAAAUCCUGAAUGCAAGUGUAACAACAGGUCGGGUUCAAAAUUAUUCGGUUUUAAAAAACGCUUCUAAUUCCCGAAUAAUUUUGAACCCGACCUGUUGUUACACUAGCAUUCAGGAUUUCAAAACUACAAGCUGUAUAUUUUCCGUGUACGGAAAACCAUGCAUUUCUCUACGGUGUUAAGAGGAGACCAUAUGAGGUUCAUAAAAUUAAGCAGUGGAUUUGAGCAAUAUUGUCAACUUUACAAGCCACAUUCCUAAAUGCAGAUACAUGACGUUUCAUGAACGGCCAUUUAACGGUAUUGAAAAUCUCACAAUUAAAAACUUUUUUAAAACCGAAUUAUACUCUUCUUUUGAGUGUGAAAUUGGAAGAAGACGUGAUUUUCUACCGAAUAAGUAAAAGAAUGGAUAUUUUUAUGCAUGUUUUCCAUGAAAUAUAAUUGAAUUUUCAAGGGCAUCGAAAAUCAAUGAGAAGAUUGCAUGCUCCUUAAGCAGUCAUUUUUCGCAGAGUAUAGAUUUUGCAUGCAGCCGAAAAUAAGGUUUUUCGAAAGCCAAUACACUGCGGUAACUGGAUCAUUAUAGGUUUAUGCUGCAUCAUGAUUUGUUUUACAACACUAUUUAAUUUAUCUUUUCGAAACGAGAACGCAUUUCGAAAGUUUGGUUGACAUUUCAUGAGUUAGCACAUCUACUGUGGUGUCGGAUUUUAAGUUCCGGACUAAAUGUUUCUUGAUACGCAGACGCCGGAAUUAGGAGGCUCAUCCAGAAUACAGGUGAGCUUGUGUUAAAUUCCAGGAAGUAUAUCUAGUUUUCUGUCCUAAUCCCAAUCCAAGCAUUAGCCCUAGCCCCGGCCUCGCUGGAAUUUAGCUCAAGGCACCUGACUUACGGGGUUCCCCAUUUCCUUAUCCUACAGAUCUUAUUGCUACAAAAUGGCUUAGACACAUGUCUUACUGUUCCUUGGUUAAAAGACACUGUGGCUCACGGGAAGACCUAUUGGGUUUCGUAAAUAAAAGUAAUAUAGCCACGAUUAUAUAAAGUUCAGAACUUUGUCGCAGGCAAGCGCGCUAAAUCAACGAUCUUAUUUAUGAAUACUGCUUCUUCGCCUUUGUGCAAAAAGUGCCUUAACGCAUUUACUCCGCUUGGUGCAAAAAUAAGGAAGCGUGGCCCUAUUCUUGUGCUCGUAAACGGAAUGCCAGAAAAGCUAAGGAGGCGACUUAGCCUGGAUAAGCAAGUAAUUUACCAAAGGUUUAUCUAGCCUCACUGUGCUACGCUCCAGUACUUAUUCUAGCAAACUAAAAUUGUCGUACCCACUCUCUGUAACCUUCCUCUUUAAGUGCCGCAUCUCGUACUCUUUGCUCAUCAUAGUGUUAUUAAAACUAAUUUCUAAUCUUUUGACCCGAAGUGUUUGAACGGCACCACAUUUGAUGUAAAAGCUUCCUGCUCCUUGCUCAUGAGCAACCUCCUCAAGCGUCCGUUAUGUCAGGAUUAACAGACCAUGGCCCUCGUAGCCUGCUAUGCGCUAGUAUUUCUCCAGCACCUGAUUCCCCGCCACUAGAUGCGCUUGCGCUCCCGCUCGGCAUACAGGUCGUGAGCAUGGCUGUCCAGUCAUCCUUGUCCUCUGACCCGUUGUGGUGCUGCUGUUGGUCAAAAACCUGCUCACUUGCUUUGUGGACAAGGGGGUGUGGAGUGGAGCACCACGGUUCGAGCUCGGCCGCGUCAUCCACCUGCCCCCUCCUCCGCCUCCGGUCUUCUCGACUCUGUCUUGAAAUUGGGUUCAGAGAAUGCGGUAGAUGCAGCGCAAGCCUACGCCCACUUUAAACUAAUUCACGCGCAAAUCACUGCGCCUGCUUCGUCUCACUGCGGAGCACACGGCGGACAUCGUCGGAUGCAACGGUCGAACUGUCAUUAGUGGACACAGUCCAGCCUAUAAAGGCGGCGACAAAAUCGCUAUUUCUGAUUGUUUCUCGACGUCGCUAAGGCUGUUGUCUCGCGCAUUAAAGGCAAAAUUCUCCGUCAUUCAGAUUGCCAGCUUUUCAGGUCACGUGUCAGCAGGAUCAUCUUGCGGUCCCACUUCAGAGUCUUCCUGUUAGCUUGAUCGUGCAGAAGGUUUGUCCUGCUUAUACGAAGCGUCCUAAAACCUUAAUGACCUUUUGCCUCAAAUGAAGAUCUAUUAUCGAGCUUAGCAUAGGGUGGUGUGAAUAAAUAAGGGCCAAACGCAUCCCACAGUUAGUAGUGGAAAACAGUUAUCAGGGUAAUUAAAUCGUUUAAAAAUCGUAUGAUUGUUGUUUACAUUAGCUGUGCGUAGUCAAUAACAAGGAGGCUUCCUAUGUUUCUUUUUUUGCACCUUUUGCGAUUUUCACUUAUGUCAGGCACCAACAAAUGUAAGAAAGGCUUUACUUGCAUGCCGAUCGGGGAAGUUUACAAAACCGCGAAAGACUUCUGCGAGAAGGUGUGGGAUCAUUCCUGGAAAGUUAUUGCCGACGGUAAGCACAACUGGUCCACAACACAACCUCAGUGCAUGCAUCUUGGAGGAGACGCUGUCGACACAAACAAUCGGGCCGUCGCAAAGCUCUAUGCCACUGCAAUUAUUCAACGUCUUCGCAGUGUUGCUUCCUCUCCUUUCGUUACCGGAAGUUCGGCAAUUCUACCACUCCUGCUUGCUGAAUCUCUCAGAUGGGCCCAGCUGCUCUAA